ACCCUCACACGACGACAGCGGAAGUGAUGUUCGAAGAUGUUUUCUUUUCGAAUUGGAUGCAAGAUCAAUAUUGCAUGAUUAAACAACACAGCAGUGCUGCAACCCAACACGGCUCUGUGAUUUCGGAUUUAUGUAGGCCAUCAUUUCACAGACUUCCGCGCGCAGCCCGGACUCCUCUCCUCUUGUCUGCUGCUCGCAAACACGUCACAGUCACAGUCCAUUGUGAGCGGCGGCAGAUUGCGGGAGCGCGCGAGCUCAGAACACAGGAGCCACGGUCGCGUGAUUUAGAAUCUCACAAGCUGAACAUUUGAACCGGAUCGGUGUGUGUAAAGGAGGAAUCGCCUCGCCGUCGGCAUGUGUGAACCGUGUUGUUUGUCUCAGCUGGCCUGCUGCUGUGGUUCGGCUGCCUGCUCCCUGUGCUGCGGCUGCUGUCCCAAGAUCAAACAGUCCACCUCCACACGCUUCAUGUACACCCUCUUCUUCAUGUUGGUCACGGUGACCUGUGUCAUCAUGAUGUCCCCCACUGUGGAGACAGCAAUGCAAGAACAUAUUCCUUUCUACACUGAAAUGUGUGAUAAGCUCAAUGCUGGGGAGAAUUGCAGUACCCUAGUGGGCUAUUCUGCCGUGUAUAAAGUCUGUUUCGGCAUGGCCUGCUUUUUCUUCUUAUUCUCGGUGUUCACCAUUCAGGUGCGAACCAGCACGGGAUGCCGGGCAGCUGUUCACAACGGGUUCUGGUUCUUUAAGUUUGUGGCUUUGCUGGCCUGCUGUGCAGGAGGGUUUUUUCUCCCAAAUCAGGAAAAGUUUCUGGAAGUCUGGCGUUACGUGGGGGCUGCUGGAGGUUUUCUCUUUAUCAUCAUCCAGCUGAUGCUUCUCGUUCAGUUUGCCCACAGAUGGAAUCAAAACUGGAGCUCAGGAGUCAAGUAUAACAAGAUCUGGUAUGCAGCGCUGGCUCUGGUCACACUGGUGCUGUUCUCCGUGGCAGUGGGAGCCUUGGUGUUUAUGAUGAGGUUCUACACGGAUCCAGAGGCCUGCUUCCUCAACAAGCUCUUCCUGGGUGUCAACGGCGGCCUGUGCUUUGUCGUUUCUCUGCUGGCUAUCUCGCCCUGCAUUCAGACCUUCCAGCCCACCUCAGGUCUGCUGCAGUCCGCGAUCAUCUCCGUUUACGUCAUGUACCUCACCUUCUCAGCACUCGCCAGCAAACCUGUUGAAAUGGUGGAGCGAAAUGGAAAAAAUGUCACUGUCUGCGUCUUUCCCUACAGUUCAGGACUGCAGAGCGAGACUAACAUAGUGACGGGCAUCGGAACGGCCAUACUGUUUGGCUGUAUACUCUACUCUUGUUUGAUCUCCACCACCAAGAGGAGCACAACAGCCUUGCAGGUGUACAGGAACGAUAUGCCCGAAAAUGAGAGAGCACGCUGCUGCUUCUGUUGUGUUGAUGAUACAGAGGACUAUGAUGAUGAGAAGACAGCUGGAGGGCAGAAUGUGAAGUAUGAUGAGAAAGACGGCACAAUCUACAGCUACUGCUAUUUCCAUUUUGUUUUCUUUCUCGGCUCCCUCUACGUCAUGAUGACUGUAACCAACUGGUUUCAUUAUGAGAACGCAAAGAUCGAGAGGCUGCUGGAGGGGAACUGGUCCGUGUUCUGGAUCAAGAUGGCGUCCUGUUGGGUCUGUUUAUUUCUGUACAUGUGGACCCUGGUGGUCCCCAUGCUCUUCCCAAAGAGAUUCCAAGCCUAGAAACCCUUCAAACAUGUUCCAGUAUCACCACUGUCCACUUACAACUACUGUGUGUGUGUGUGUGUGUGUGUGUGUGUGUGUGUGUGAGAGAGAGAGAGAGUUUUGUUUGUUUUUAAUGUUUCUUGUUUGCUUUAUUAGUUUACAUAUAGUGAAAGCUUUUGAUUUCUCAAAAGCUGCUUAUGUGUUACAUCUUUAAAUGCAUUUUUGUGGAAAUUUGUUACAGAAAUCAUGUUAUGGUUACUCUCAUGCUGAUGUAGGGCUCUUGUUUUCCUCGUUACAUGAAGGUAUGAAAACAAAGCAUUGCUCAGGCUCACACGUCACCUGUAAGUGUCUUGCUUGUUAAAGCUUUUCUUUCGGUAGCUGAAGAAUUCUAUGCAAAUCAACAAACCAUCUGUGAUUUUUCAUUCAUUUAUUUGUCUGCCUUUUUGAAACGUUUUCAAAUGUGUUUUUAUAGUUGCAUUUCACUUCAAGGGUGUUUCACUAAGGUAACAAGACUUCUUAUUUGAAUAAAUAUAUCUGGUUAUUUAAUAGAGAUAUCGCUCCUGAUUAGUUAAGACACUGCUGCCUUGCAAAACCACAUUUUGCACUCAUGGAAACAUGAACAAAACCAGCUGAGAAAUUACUGUGCAAGAUUAUUCCUAUACAUAUAUGUGAAUAAAAGUACUCCUGUGAGAUGUCUUGUUACUGUAUUUAUUGAAGCACCCUCAUGACUUCCUUACAAGACUGCACCAAAACAAUAUUUCCAAAUAAGUCUGUAACAUUCCUGAAGUUUCCUCUUUUUCGGCUUUAAAUCUCAGGUAGUCUAUAUUUUGAGCAUACUGGUAUUUCCAGUGAAUCACACCAUACUGAGGAAAGCACGUGACUGCCGUUCCCAGUCAGUGUUCUUGUGAUGAUAUGAAAUGGAAGGGCAAAGCCAAGGCCACAUUGUUAUGCCCCAGAAACCUAAACUGCCAUACAGAUUGUUAUACAGCCCACAGCAAGCUAUAGAUUUGUUUUCUUUCUUAUUUUCCGAUAUCUGUUACAAUUUAAAUGGUGCUUUUGACCGUGGAUGUCCUAUGAUAUUUUAUUCCAGCUCAUGCACUAGAUUUGCAAGCAUGCCAUUUGUUAAAGAACAAGUUUGUAUAAUCUUUUAUACAUAUAAAGCAUUGUUACAGCUGUGUAUAGCUAUUUAAUCUUUCAGAGGUUUUUGUCGCUUGAAGUGCAUGUCUGUAUUUCUUGUUUGUGGUGUUUAGUUUGCAGGAGCUGCACAUAGUAGAUGUAUUGCAGCAAUUCUGUUGCUCCCUGGUAGAAAAAAAAGUGGUUGGCAUUGUUGUUGAUGAAGAAAACACAAUCUAGAACUGGAAUUAAUAGACAUUAUGUGGCAGUUGUAGCUGACCUAAAAGCUUUGACAAACCAAAAUCUCUUUUACUACAAUUGGAGCUGGCACAUCUUUACUUUCUGUAUGUGAUCUGAAGAACUUCUCCUAAAGCUGAAGAAUCUGUCUGGUGAUGUUUUUCUAAACAAACAAACAAACAAAAAUUACCUUGUUUAUACAAAUCAGAAUUAGGAAAUAGUUAAGGAUUGACUUAAAUGCUACAUGCUACAGCUGCAUUAAGCUAGAAGCAUACUGUUUCCUGCAGCACAUGAAUAUGUUGCUCACUGUUUGUUUUAAAAGUGUUUUAAACAUUAUGCUUUCCUUUAUUUACAAAGAUGUGUUUUUUGUAAAUAGUAUAUUGUAAAGAUGACCACUAGGUGUACUCAUAAUAUUGCAGAACAAAAAUAAUAAUAUUGCGAUUUGUGUUGUUCUAAUUUCACAUGAAGACAUUAUAAUCCAAAAAUAUGUACAGUAAGUUUACAAACAACUCUUUAUUUUCAUUUAUAUACCUUGAUUGUUGUUUAUUAUUAUUAUUAUUAUUAUUAUAUACUUUUUCUCCUCAUUUCAAUACGUUCCAUGAAGGGUCUUAUGAGUUUAGCUGUUGCAGGAUCAAUAUUCCUUUUAGUGUUUUUAUUGAUAUUGCCAGCUCUUUGAAUAAAGAAGACAAACUAAUAAAA